AUGAGGAUAGGCUGCCUUCAGUUCGCUCCUCAAGUGGGCGACAUCGACAAUAACCUCAACCGCGCCGAUUCAUGUCUGAGCAAAGCGAAUACGGACGAUCUUGAUCUGCUUGUCCUGCCUGAGCUGGCUUUCACAGGAUACAACUUCAAAUCGUUGCAGCAAAUCUCGCCCUUUCUCGAGCCAUCAGGCUCUGGCAUUACCUCGCUAUGGGCUCGAACUACGGCUCUCAAAUACAACUGCAAUGUGGUCGUUGGCUAUCCAGAGAAGGUAGAUGUCUCUCACAACUGGCCUACAGGCCCGGAGUACUACAACUCUGCAAUCGUGGUCAAUGGAGAUGGAGAGACGAUCGCCAAUUACCGGAAAAGUUUCCUGUACUACACGGACGAGACCUGGGCGCUUGAGGGGAACAAAGGGUUCUAUGAGGGCUGGAUUCCUGGUCUUGGAAACACGUCCAUCGGUAUCUGUGACCCUUACAAGUUUCAAGCUCCGUGGCAUGCUUUUGAGUUUGCCUUCCAUGUCCUCGAGUAUGAAUCCAACUUGGUCAUUGUGUCCAUGGCGUGGAUGACUCGAGAAGAUGGACGCCUGUUCAGUCGGAUGCCCAAUGAACCAGACAUGGACACUUUGACCUACUGGGUCACUCGUUUGGAACCUCUCAUUCGCUCAGAUAACCAGGAGGAGAUUAUUGUUGUCUUCUGCAACCGGACUGGCAAUGAGGAUGAAGCAGUUUAUGCAGGGACGAGCGCGGUUGUUGGGAUUCAGGACGGGGAGGUCAAGAUAUAUGGCCUCCUUGGCCGAGGCGAGAAGGAGCUCCUGGUUAUCGACACCAACAACCCUCCUUACGGAAAGCUGGUUUAUCGCCCUGAGCCUGAUCGGUCGUCUACCGUACAGUCCGAGAUGCAACAGCCAGAUCGCCCAUCCUCAGCUACUCCGUCCGGCUCUAGUGCUCCAUCCCGCAGCACCAACAUCUCCGCCAGGGAAAUCGUCUUCUGUUUCGGGAUCCUCGCAGAAGUCAUCGACGAAGUCACCGACGUCAAGACAGGUGAAGCAGACACCCAGGAUACAAAUACCUCCCCCUCCUACCUUCCCGUCGGAGUCUGA